AUGACGAUGCGAGAAUAUGCUGGUGGGGACCAGCAAAACCCCACCGGCUAUGGCUAUGGGGGAAACAACAACUACUAUCCUCCCCAGCCGAACCGACAAGGCAACCCAUCUCCCCAGUCCUAUAACCACCCGAACCCCAGCGGCUACAAUCCGUACCCUCCAUCUGGUUCAAACCCUUCCGAGACAAAUUACAACUACAAUUCUGGGAAUCAGUACUACCCCACGCAGACUGAAUAUCCUCAGCCGCAGCCAUGGGGUGGACCCUCCCCUCCGCCCGGGAACUACUACCAGCAGCCGGAGAACCGAUCAUACCAUAACCCUCCAUAUGGGGGACAGCCACCAUAUCCCCAUUCUGAAUCCCCGCGGCCCAACCAGACGGACGCCUACCCUCCUAAACCCUAUCCUCCUCCCUCCCCGCAACAGGGCGGUUACGGCCAAUACCCGCCGGCGCCACCACCAUAUUCCCCUCAGCCCACCGGUAGCACCGAUACCCCGAAUGCUGAAACGGAAGAGAAGGACAGAGGAUUCCUCGGUGCGGUCGCGGGCGGGGCAGCUGGUGCCUACGGUGGUCAUAAAGUCAAUCACGGCUUCCUAGGCGCCAUCGGUGGAGCGAUCACCGGCUCUGUCGCGCAGGACGCGAUGAAGAAACAUAAAAAAGAGAAGGAAGAGGAGGAAAAGAAAAAGCAAUGGGCCGCCCAACAAGCCGCUCAGCAAGCAGCCCUGCAACACGCUCAGCAACAGGCUCAACAACAUGCUCCCCCUCCUAUGUUCUCCCCACCCCCACAGCAUGGACCUCCCAGGCCUGAUCCCACCCCACUGCGUGGGAACUUCUCUGCAUCAUCUCGCGACAUCCGCUUGGAGAGGGGUCAUGAGCUCGUCGCCCACUGUGGCGCCAUCUCGGGCCAGAUGCGUCCAUCUUCGAUUCCACUCAAUAACGUACUGUCUAACCAGUAUGGCAAGUUUGUGUGGGCGAGGAAUGGGAACUUUGCCGCGUCGGCGCGGAAUAUUCGGCUGAUCGAAGGGGGCAAGGUGCUGGAGGCCGAACUCGCGAACGGCCGCGGGGGAUGGGAUCGAGCCUGGAUGAGGUUGGAUGAGCGGAUCUCCAACCAAGACGGCAAUCUUGUCUUCCUGGAUUAG